AUGGCCGCGGUGACGAGGGGCACGGCGACGCGCCGCAGCCGGCUGAAGCGCUCCGACGGCAGCACCACCUCCACCAGCUUCAUCCUGCGGCAGGGCUCAGCAGAUUCAUACACAAGCAGACCCUCAGACUCUGAUGUCUCUUUGGAAGAAGACAGGGAAGCAAUCCGUCAAGAAAGAGAACAACAAGCAGCUAUACAACUUGAAAGGGCGAAGUCCAAACCAGUAGCAUUUGCUGUUAAGACUAAUGUGAGUUACUGUGGAGCUCUGGAUGAAGAUGUUCCUGUCCCAAGCACUGCCAUCUCUUUUGAUGCCAAGGACUUCCUACACAUUAAAGAGAAAUAUAAUAAUGACUGGUGGAUAGGAAGGCUGGUUAAGGAGGGCUGCGAGAUUGGCUUUAUUCCAAGCCCGCUUAGACUGGAGAACAUCCGCAUUCAACAGGAGCAGAAGAGAGGACGUUUCCAUGGAGGGAAAUCAAGUGGAAAUUCUUCUUCAAGUCUUGGAGAAAUGGUUUCUGGCACAUUUCGAGCCACACCUACUUCCACGGCGAAACAGAAACAAAAAGUGACAGAACAUGUUCCCCCAUAUGAUGUAGUACCAUCAAUGAGACCUGUUGUCUUGGUGGGUCCAUCACUGAAAGGCUAUGAGGUGACAGACAUGAUGCAGAAAGCUCUCUUUGACUUCCUGAAGCACAGGUUUGAUGGGAGGAUAUCAAUAACUAGAGUGACAGCUGACAUUUCUCUUGCUAAGAGGUCUGUUCUAAAUAAUCCAAGCAAGAGGGCAAUAAUUGAGCGGUCAAAUACAAGAUCCAGUUUAGCUGAAGUACAGAGUGAAAUUGAAAGAAUCUUUGAGCUGGCAAGGUCCUUACAACUGGUUGUCCUAGAUGCAGACACUAUCAAUCACCCUGCACAGCUUAUCAAGACAUCUUUAGCACCAAUUAUUGUCCAUGUUAAAGUGUCUUCUCCAAAGGUUUUGCAGCGACUGAUUAAAUCUAGAGGAAAGUCACAAAGUAAACACUUGAAUGUUCAGUUGGUGGCAGCUGAUAAACUUGCACAAUGCCCACCAGAAAUGUUUGAUGUAAUUUUGGAUGAAAAUCAGCUUGAAGAUGCUUGCGAACACUUGGCAGAAUAUCUUGAGGCAUACUGGCGUGCUACUCACACCACCAGUAGCACACCCAUGACCCCUCUCCUUGGGCGAAAUUUAGGAUCCACUGCACUUUCACCAUACCCCGCUGCAAUCUCUGGAUUACAGAGCCAGCGUAUGAGGCACAGCAGCCAUUCUACAGAGAACUCUCCAAUUGAGCGACGAAGUCUAAUGACCUCAGAUGAAAAUUAUCACAAUGAAAGGGCUCGGAAGAGCAGGAACCGCUUGUCUUCCAGUUCCCAACACAGCCGAGAUCACUAUCCUCUAGUGGAAGAAGAAUACUCUGACUCAUACCAGGACACUUACAAACCCCAUAGGAACCGAGGAUCCCCUGGAGGAUAUAGCCAUGAUUCACGACAUAGGCUUUGA